AUGAUAAUUCUUUUUCUAAUUCAAUCUCUAGAAAUAUUAGAACCUUCCUCUACUUCUCAAAAUAAAUCUACAUCCUACUAUAAAUCUGAUCUUGCUAAGAAUCUAGAUUUUGCUAUGAAUCUAGAUCUUGCUAUAGCAAUCAUAAUCAAUCAUUAUCCUUAUCUCAAUGAUAUUCUUCAAGAACAAUCACAAGAUUCACAAGAUAAUCUCUAUAACAUGAUAGCAAUAAAAGAUCAGAAAUUAAAAUCAUAUACAUAA